AUGUCGACAUCACAAUUUUACUACCUUAAUGAUCCCACUGGCUAUGGUUUAUUCCUGGAAAAUGAGUCUGAUCUGUACAGUGAUCAUCCUUCCUUUCACGAGUUCAAAGACUUGCAAAGUUUUGUUUUUGAUCAAAUCAUGUCAUCCUGUGAAAAGACAUCACUGGACGAUAUUCUCAGCGCUAAACAGGAUUCCACAGAGGAACUUAUUCUACCUCAUGUAACAUUCAAUGUUUUGGCUAUACUAUACAGCCUCGCUUAUGGCUGGAAAGCACGUGAUCGGAAAUUUGGUGAGCUGGUGGCAAACUCUGUGCAUACAUUGUUAAAGGAUUGUAUUGAUGCAGCUUUACAUAGCACAUCCAGUAAUGAAAUGGGACAAUCAACUAGCUCGGAUGACAUUUUGUAUGCGUCCGAUUUUUUGAAGUUAUUCUUGAACAACAGCCAUUCUCUCGGUUAUGAAAGCGGUAAACUUCUUCGGUUGUCAAAGGAGUUGAGAUGUCACGAAGUCCCGAUGUCAGAUGUCACGCCGAAUUCUACGAGACUGAAAUUCUACUACCAAACAACAAAAUGCCCUAAUACCCUAAUGCCCUUACCCUAA